CCUCUUCAGAGAUCUUUGAAAUUUGAAGGAGAGUGAAGGUCUCCCACCCACAUAUGUACCUACCCCCCAAGUUUUAACAAAUUAAGAAUUUGAAUACUCUCCACACAUUACAGCCACCGCAGUUAGUAUUGUCGGUAUUACUAUUUCUUGUGGAAAUGGGUUUAAAAUCUUGUGAAAUUAUAUUGGAGAACAAUUGGGGUACCUAUUAUGUCGGUCAAACUGUUACUGGUAGAGUAGAAUUUGAUUUAGAUUCCCCCAAGAAAGUAAGAGGAGUAUCGAUCUUAUUUAAAGGAGAUUCGAACACUAAUUGGUUUGUAGAAGAAUCUAGAACAAACAAUGAUGGUAAACAAGAGAACGAAAGAAUUGAACUUAAUGGAUACGAAGAGUACUUCAAAAUAGAGUAUUAUUUAAUUGGUGGUCAAGGUGAUGAGGUGGAUAUACCUCCUGGACAUCACUCAUACCCGUUUACAUGUGUGUUGCCUCCUAGUCUACCAUCUUCAUUUGAGGGGGAUUAUGGAUAUGUUCGUUACAUAAUUAAGGUUACUUUUGAUAGACCUUGGAAAUUUGAUCAUGAAACCAAGAAAGCAUUUACUGUUCUUUCUCCACUGGAUUUAAAUUCGAACCCUCGUUUAAAAGAACCUACACGUUUGGCAUUAGAAAAAUACUUUUGCUGCUUCUGUUGCAAAUCAGGCCCUCUUACAUGCAUUAUUUCCAUACCACGUACUGGGUAUGUGUCUGGACAAACUAUUCCUGUAGUUUUAGAUGUUGAUAAUAUAUCAAACAUUGAAAUCACAAAUGUUCAAGUCUCGCUGCGUAAGAUAGUAACCUAUCACACACAAACGCCUAGACGGGAGAGCAAGAAAGAUGUAAAAGUGAUUGCUGAAAUUAAAGUGGGCUCCACAACUCCACAUGGGUCUAACACAUACAAUCAACCUAUUGUAAUACCGCCCAUACCACCCUCAAAUCUCACAAACUGCAACCUCAUAGAUCUGGAUUAUGAACUAUAUGUCGAAUUAAAUAUAUCCGGCUUUCAUACAAAUUUAACAGGCAAAAUUCCCAUCACCAUUGGCACUACUCCACUUGGACCAUCAUCGAGUGCUCCAACUCCAAUUAGCACAAAGAUUAAUAUAGAACCCGAAGACUUCACAGAUCUAACUCCAUCUAACGAUAAUGACUCAAAGGCACCAACGAUGGGAUGGGUGAAUAAUGGUAACAUAUAUCCUGCACUUCCUACAUUUGCCGAGAGUCAGUUUGGAACCAGCUCAAUUAGAGAGAAGGGUGAUAACGAGUAUGUGAUGUAUGCAGAUAAUCGCCAGCAUUAUUCCCCUAUGUAUCCUGUCUACUCCUACACAGAUGCUAAGUCUUAAUGCAGCUCUCAAUUCACCAAUCUCUUUGUAUGCUUAUUAUUUUUAAAAAUGUAUACACCUAGAGUAGUUGAAUGCGCCUUUUAUUGUGAUAUUUAUAAAUGCUCAUAUUUUAUAAGAUUUUUUACAUUGUAUAUUGUUUUUUGUGUAUCGUGUUCAGGUAUUUUGUAGAUGAAUGCACAAAACAGCCAUUUGAUAUUUUUGUACGGGACAUUACACAAUAAUUUGAAUAACUAAUCCCUCACACUAGGAUACACCCACAAAUUGUACUCACAAUUUUUUUCGAAAUGAUUUUGGAUUUAUGCUAACAGCUAAUUGUAAUUGUGCUAUGCUCGAUAUAUAGAAUGUAGAAUAGAAUCAUUUUGUAUGUUUUUCUGAGGCAUUUCAGUCCCAAAACGUGAUUAUGUAGAAUUAUUUCUGAAAAACAUACAAAGAAUGAACCUACCCUAUGGGCUUUAAUAAACAUAUAUAUGUCCGUA